UGAGGUUUGAAUCCAGCUCCAGCACCGCGUUGGAUGCAGAUGUUACAGAGAUGAGUGAGAACGUGAAGUUGUUUGUGGGGAACCUUCCUUUAGAUGCAACUCAUGAAGAGCUAACCAAGCUCUUUUCACCUUAUGGGGAGAUCAACACCUGUUCCUUGCUCAGACAGUAUGCUUUCGUUACCCUGAAGGGAGAGGGGGCAGCAGACAGAGCCAUACGGCAUCUAGAUGGCAAAGAGUACAGAGGCAGACCGCUUGUGGUCGAGGAGUCGCGCGCACGCCCACCCAACUCCACUAAAGUGUUUGUGGGGAACCUCAGUGCAACAUGUUCAGCGGAUGACCUGCAUGGGCUGUUCUCAACCUUCGGAAGAGUUUUAGACUGUGAUAAAGUUAAAGCCAGGUUAUGUUCAAAUGUUGGCUACGCGUUUGUUCAUAUGGAGAGGAAGGAGGAAGCCACGGCAGCUAUUGAUGCACUAAAUGGGACCAUGUUCAAGGGCCGUCAGCUGGCCGUAGAGCUCUCCAAGGCCCAACCCCUGAUCAACCAGAUUGCAUCAGCCGGAAAUCCAGGCGGUGUAGCAGCAGGUGGCAGAGAGGGUCUUCUUCCCCGACCACCUCCCUCUCUAGAGCAUCACCAGAGUCAAGCAGCUGUGCUAGCAGCAGCUGCAGCAGCUGCUGCUGGACUACCAAUACAAGUUCAACAAAGUGUCCAUAAUUCAUUCUACAACACCACAUCCUUUGAUCCCACCUAUGCUGCCCUGAAGGGCAUUACAAGUGCUAAAGGUGCUGAUGGCGUGAUAUACGGUGCACUUGCCAGCCAGGUGUAUGGAUCUGUUGCUGACCAGGUGUACCAAGAUAUCACCAAUCACAACUCUGCAGCAAAUGUCCCCGUUGCUCCAGAAGUGGAGCCUAACACUGGGCCAGAUCCAACAACACUUUUUGAGGCAGCAAGAGCCAAGUUCUUUCAGGAGGGACAGAAGGUUCUGGCAGAGCAGCAGGCAGGGAGAAAAGCAGCAGCUUCAGAUAAUGAGCGUGACCGCAGCCCAAUCAGAGGGAACAGAGCCCCCCUUCUCCCAGACCCUGUUCCCGGUUCCUUUGCUCAGAUACGACCCAAGCGCAGAGCCCUGCUGCCGACACCACCUGGAGGACCUGAAGAAACUCCGGCUGCCACUACAACUACUGAAGGGUCAGAUGCUGUUGCUAGGUCUUACACAGAGUACUACCAGCAAAUGCAUCAAUACCAACAGUAUCAACAGUACCAGCAACAGUAUCAGUACCUCCAGUAUGCCUACACCAACCCUCCUCCUCCUCCGCCACCUCCACCACCACCACCGGCCACCACACAGGCACAGGCCUCCACCGCAGCCCCUGCACCCCCAGGGACAUAUGCGGCACCCCCAACGUACGCCUCAUCAGGAGCGUACCCACCACCAGGAACAUAUGAUGCUACAGGAAGUUACGACGCUUCAUCGGAGGGCUACGACGCCUCAUCAGGGAGCUACAACGCUUCAUCUGGAAACUACGAUGCCUCGGCGGGUUAUGGCGCAUCAAGAGGCUACGGGGCACCGGGAGCAUAUGAUUCAUCCGGAGCUUAUGCAGCAGCGGGAAGCUACUCCGCAUCCACACCGUAUGAGCAGACACCCGCACACGGGCAACCCAUGCCCCAGCGCCAUGAUUACCCUUACCACACGCCAGAACCCCCUUAUCGAUAGUCCCACCCCCACACAAUCCUUCCACACUGCAGAUGUGUGUGCGUGUGUGUGUGCGUGCGUGUGUGCGUGCGUGUGU